AUGGAUGAUUAUUAUGCUAUACUAGGAGUACAACGGUCAGAUAAUGUGGAUACCAUAAAAAAGGCUUAUCGGAAACUUGCAUUGACUUGCCAUCCUGACAAAGGUUACAGUACUGAAAAGUUCCAAUUGGUGAACAAAGCAUGGGAUGUGUUAAGCGAUCCAGUGAAGCGUGCGAACUACGACAAGCAGUAUUUUGCUGAUGUUGAUGUCGUUGCACAGGAAAUAUUCCCAUUUUCUGAGUUUGAUUAUCGAUCAGACGAUGCGUGUUACACGCAUUACUGCCGAUGUGGAGGAAAGUUCGAGAUUUAUGAGGAGGAGGUAGCAGAGAAAAUUGAGUAUGUGCAGUGUUCAGAGUGUUCUCUUGUUUGUCAAAUCGUGUACUCUUCGUAG